AGAAAGGCGAGUCUGUGAUAAUUUUCUCAUUCUACGUGUACAAAACAUCAGGAGAUGUCUGGACGAGGAAAAACCAGCGGCAAAGCUCGGGCCAAGGCCAAGUCUCGCUCGUCCCGGGCUGGACUGCAGUUCCCGGUCGGUCGUGUUCAUAGGCACUUGAGGAAAGGCAACUAUGCUCAGCGGGUGGGUGCAGGAGCCCCUGUCUAUCUGGCUGCUGUGCUCGAGUAUCUGACGGCUGAAAUCCUCGAGCUGGCCGGCAACGCAGCCCGGGACAACAAGAAGAGCCGCAUCAUCCCCAGACAUCUGCAGCUGGCCGUCCGCAACGACGAGGAGCUCAACAAGCUGCUGGGAGGGGUGACCAUCGCUCAGGGCGGUGUGUUGCCCAAUAUCCAGGCCGUGUUGUUACCCAAGAAAACCGGCGGAACGAACAAGUAAGCCAUGGGCAUCAUGCACUCGUUCGUGAACGAUAUUUUCGAGCGUAUCGCUGGAGAAACUUCCCGCCUGGCGCAUUAUAACAAGCGGGCGACCAUCAGCUCCCGAGAGAUUCAGACCGCCGUGCGCCUGCUUCUUCCCGGGGAGCUGGCCAAGCACGCCGUGUCGGAAGGGACAAAGGCGGUGAUCAAUUCUGCGUGUACAAAACAUCAGGAGAUGUCUGGACGAGGAAAAACCAGCGGCAAAGCUCGGGCCAAGGCCAAGUCUCGCUCGUCCCGGGCUGGACUGCAGUUCCCGGUCGGUCGUGUUCACAGGCACUUGAGGAAAGGCAACUAUGCUCAGCGGGUGGGUGCAGGAGCCCCUGUCUAUCUGGCUGCUGUGCUCGAGUAUCUGACGGCUGAAAUCCUCGAGCUGGCCGGCAACGCAGCCCGGGACAACAAGAAGAGCCGCAUCAUCCCCAGACAUCUGCAGCUGGCCGUCCGCAACGACGAGGAGCUCAACAAGCUGCUGGGAGGGGUGACCAUCGCUCAGGGCGGUGUGUUGCCCAAUAUCCAGGCCGUGUUGUUACCCAAGAAAACCGGCAGUGCGAACAAGUAAGCGAGAGAAACUCAACAUAGUGACCCAAAGGCUCUUUUCAGAGCCACUCACCAUGUCUGUGGAACGGCUGAUUAUCGAUUAUGCUUAAUGCGGGACAAAUGUUCCUUGUCGUUGUCGAAAACCGACUGCACAUUGAGUUGUCUACACGGUGGCGGAUCCAGACCCUGGUUCGAUCCUGACUACGGGCGCUUGCAUGUACGCAGUUUGUACGUUGUCCCCGAUUCAUCCCACACAAAAGGGUUGUA